GCUGCUGCAAGCUGCUGGUGUCGCCGUGACGAUGAUAUCCUCCCCCUCCCACACACACACACUCACAUACACAAACCCACAGCAGAAGAGAGGCAGCAGCAGGCAAGAUGCUGUAUGACGCGAUGGCUUCAGGCUGAAAAAGCAGCACACGCUCACACUCCUGCCUGCGUCGCAGGGAAACAUGGGCUCGUCGCAGGCUGGGCCCACUCUGAACCGGGUCGCAGUCAAAUAGACUCCAGCAUUCACACUAAGGAGCAUCAGACCAGCUCCCACCACAACAACCUUCACAUGGGAAGAAAAGAAUGCUUUGAAUGGACAAGCUGUGGUUCUGUGGAUGCCUGGACCUCUGAACCGACCAGGAGUGAAUGGGAAUGAAGGUCUGACCACGAACUCAAAGGGCUUUUCUUAAGGGGACGGCCUUCGGCUGCUGCCUGACGGCCUUGAGGUUCAGGGGACACAUGGAGGUUUGAUCCCUCAGGUCUGCAGGUACCUCUCUCCUGGUGAAGCAAUGGAAUAAAAAGCCGAAGCCCCUGACGGAAGCACACCCUUGGACCUGCCCCCCCCCCGGCUGAGCGCUGGGAUAAGGGGUGUGUCCGGGGGUUCGGCCCACACUGCAGCCUUGAUGGAGGCCCACCAGCACUCCCCAGACAGCAGCAGCGAGGAGUGCACCGUCCUGGAGGCGCCGCCCGGCAGAAACACCUGCCCCCAGCAUGCAGGGAAGGUGGCCGACCUCUACUGCUCGUCCUGCCAGUGCGCCCUGUGCGAGGACUGUGUGUCGCAGCAUGACCAGCACCUGAAGCUUCCCCUCGGCCACGCGCUGGAGCAGCAGCGCUGCCGCCUGCAGCACGGACUGGGCGCUGUCCAGAGCAGACUCCCUCAGGUCUCUGAUGCCCUGUCCUUCGUUCGGGAAAUCCUCCAGCAGCUGACCAAUCAGAGAGCUUCCAUUGAAGAGGACAUCCAGUCCAGUUUUGAGGACUUGCAUAAACAGCUGGAUGUUCGGAAGAGCGUCCUGCUGAUGGAGCUGGAGGUCACAUAUGGGCUCAAACAGAAGGUCCUCCAGGCCCAGGUCGACGGCCUCGUCCAGGCAGAGGGCGACUUUAGUUCAGCCUGCACCCAAAGCGAGGAAGCUGUGGCUGCAGAGGCCUGCGUGGCGAGCCUGCAGACGGAGCAGGAGCUGGGGGAGAAGCUGGUGGAGCUGGCCAGGCUCAGACUGCCGUAUCAGCCCGAGGAGAACGACCAGCUGGAUCUGCUGAUGGAGACAGACGGCCUGAGGAAGUCCAUACACAACCUGGGGACCAUCGUCACGACCAGUGCGGUGGCGAGUCAGAGCGAGGCUAUGGGUGCAGGCCUGGAGCAGUGCAUUGUGGGACACCCUGCGUCUGUUACCAUAGUAACAAGGGACAAGUCAGGGGGAGCCUGUAAGAGCGGCAACGCAAUUCUGUCAGCUGAGGUGUUCACCCCAGACGGCAGCAUCGUGGAUGGAGAAAUACUGGACCACAAGAAUGGGACAUACGAGUUUGUGUACACGGUGCCAAAGGAAGGCGACUUCUCCUUGGCUCUUCGCCUCUACGACCAGCACAUCAAAGGAAGCCCCUUCAAGCUGACAGUCACCAGGGCUUUGGAGGCAGAGGUGGAGGUGUCUCCCUCCACCACCACAGCUACUAACUCAGCAGCCAACGCCACCCCGUCCACAGGCUCGUCUGAGGGCGCCAAGAGACGGGGAAAGUCCCCGGGUCAGAAGAAGAAGGGCUCCAAGAGGGCCAGCAGCGCCCUGGGCACCCCCCGACGCAAGACCCAGAACCCCAUCGAAGACGACCUCAUCUUCAGGAUCGGGACCAAAGGGAGAAACAAAGGAGAGUUCACCAACCUUCAAGGAGUAGCUGCCUCCUCCAGUGGCAGGAUACUAAUCGCCGACAGCAACAAUCAGUGUGUCCAGAUUUUCUCCAAUGAGGGAGAAUUUAAGAGUCGUUUUGGGGUGCGGGGACGGUCGCCAGGGCAACUGCAGCGCCCCACGGGUGUUGCUGUGCACCCCAGCGGUGACAUCAUCAUUGCUGACUAUGACAAUAAAUGGGUCAGCAUAUUCUCCUGUGAGGGGAAGUUCAAGGCAAAGCUUGGUUCUGGGAGGCUCAUGGGGCCCAAAGGCGUAUCUGUGGACCAGGACGGCCACGUGAUCGUGGUCGACAACAAGGCCUGUACUGUCUUCAUCUUCCAGCUGACCGGAAAGCUCAUCACCAAGUUUGGCAGUCGAGGCAACGGCGACAAGCAGUUUGCAGGUCCACACUUUGCAGCAGUGAACAAGAACAAUGAGAUCAUUGUGACCGACUUCCACAACCACUCUGUCAAGGUUUUCACCCCUGAAGGAGAGCUGGUGUUGAAGUUUGGCUCUAACGGUGAAGGUAACGGCCAGUUCAACGCUCCCACUGGUGUCGCUGUUGACGUUAAUGGAAACAUCAUCGUAGCUGACUGGGGCAACAGCAGAAUACAGGUGUUUGACGGCAGUGGCUCCUUCCUCUCGUACAUAAACACGUCAGCCGACCCUCUGUACGGACCUCAAGGUCUGGCUCUCACCUCAGAUGGACAUGUGGUAGUGGCCGACUCUGGCAACCACUGCUUCAAGGUCUACCGCUACCUGCAAUGAUGGAGGAACGUGAUGGAGGCCGGUUGGACCGUAGAGUCACAUUUGGGAAAUCUUGCAUGACUGAUGUACAGAGAGAAGAGCGAUCACAUGUUACCAUGUCAUUACAUUGUCAGAGCUGCCAUGGAAAUGUGUACAUUUACGAUUGUCGCUGGACAGCAGUGAAGAGGGUUAAGCUAGACGGGAGUGGACAGGAGGACGACCAGCCGCUAGAAGCUUUACAAAACAUGAUGCAUGAAAUGCAGAAGCUGCAACCAACGUCAGUUAUGCAGUGAUGGACUCACAACGUCAAAGUUCUUCUUCCUCUCAGUGGAAAUGGUUUUAAACAGAAGAAAAGCUGAGUUGAUGAGGAAAUGCCCGGAGGAUCCACAGCUGAUGGAUUAAUGGCUAAAUGGGCCCAGAGACAAAGUCCCUGAAAGAACGAGCAGAGGAUGGAUUUAGGGAAAAUUCAUUUGGAUUCAAUGUUCUGCCUUCUGGUCUGAAUAAUGAGCAAUGAGCUGAAAGAGGCCUGUGUCUUGGUUUGGUAUGACGUCAUCACCACAUGUUUCCUGUAUAUUUUAGCACCAACAGUAGCGCUAACAGGAAGCUAACACCGGCUGCCACCUCUUAGAGCUUCUAUGAGGAAAUAACUUGAACCUGUGACGGGAUCAGCUCACAGUGAAGAUGAAGCAAAGAAUGACGGGUUUAACUGUGUUGGCAGACUCAGACCGGGGCCACUUUCAGCCUGCUGUUCAUGGAAUGUUUAUUUGGUUUCUUGCUCGUAUUCUUUAUAACAGAAUAGUCUUUACAAUUGAUUGCUUGACUGUGACUUCUGAAUGAUUGAUUGGCGUACAGCAGCAUCUAUGCUCGCGUUGGGUGUUCAUAUAUUUUACCUGAGAAAUCUGUUCAAAAGAAAAACAUGUCUAUAAAUCGAACUUAUAUAUUUGUGAGAAUACCUUUAAUAAUAUCAUAUGAAAUGUUUAACGUGAUCGACACAUUUGGAAUCAGCGUGUUUCAGUUCCACUCUGGUUUCUGCUCGCAGCGCUAGGACGAGAGCCUGGAGCUGCAUUUCCAGAAUGUAUCCAUUCAUUCGUCACCUUUGCCACGGAGCUAGAAAGAUGUGAAAAUUGUGGGAAUUCUGUUUCUGUUGUUCUUCAUCUACAAGUCUACAUGUUCUGUCAUGACCAGUAGAACGACACCUCAGUGUUCAAAGAGUCGCCACAUACACUGUACCAUAAAUGUUGAUAUGAAACAGUCCUGAUCCCAGUGACAGUCAAACAGUUCAACCACAACCAAGUACAGGAAUGUCACAGAAGAAAAACCAAUGAAAGGACAUUUACAGUAAACAUUGUUCACAGUCUAGUCUCAGGCUUUACCGCUGCAGGAAUAGUUAUUUAAUCAGCAUAUAUUUAUCGUGUAACAACUAGCUUUUUUUUGCAUCAGGUCAUUUAGUUUUAGUUACAGGCAUCAUUCUAAUGGCUCCAUCUCAUUUGAUUGUGUUCCACCAUGUGCAUUAAGGUUCGUAAGUGCCCGUUCCAGUUAACCUUUUUUAUAUUUUGUUAACUGAUCAUGUUGCUAUUUGAUAUGUUUCCUACUGGGUUAUUGCAAGUGGAGAAAUUAGUGUUUUGUAAAAUGGAAGUUGUCAUGUUGUCACCAUGUUAGCAUAAAAACCACUAGAUGCAUUUACAAUAAAGCAAAUCAGUUCAUGUAGGUCAAAUAUGACAUCAGUAAUAAUGAAAAAGCAUCAGCUGAUCAGGUGUGUAGGUUCAUUUUUAAAUGCUAGUAGUAUUUAUUUUAUAGAAUAGGUUAAAUGUAGACAUGCGCCAACUCCAUAGUUGAUUGUAAAUACUGCUUUUGUUACUGAUGCUAAUUUCUGCUUUUACAAAAAAUAGCAAAACCACUUUAGUUACAUCAAUGAGAACAUGUUCAUCAAACCCAGAGGUUCCAGAGAUCAGAGCAUUUCCAUACUUCUGUCAUGUCUGUUGUUUAGAUGUGCAGUGUUGCUAAGUCUCACCCUUGGACCGAGCACCAACAAAAAGGGGAUUUUAUUUGAUUGUUUGAGGAAACCAGACCGGAAACCUUGUUUGCUUAAGAUCCAGCCUUAAUGUCAGCGAAUGUUGUCUCAAUGUUGUUUUGAUGAAUUUGCCUUCAAGUCCCAAUUAUUACUGAAGGAGAGGCGGUCGCCCUCUUGUUCAGAAUCAUAGAAAGAACAAUAAAGAAGCUCCAACUGCACAUCAACACAGAAGAAACCUGGUUGUUCACCACGAUGAGUUUGCAUCACUUCUGGUUUUCCACAGAUAGACGUAUUUCAGAUUCCAGCUCUUAACGUACUGAUGAGUUUCUUCUGGUGUCACUUGCCUGCUUUUAUGUGUAUUUAUUAUCUGUGUCUGGUCCUUGUUAUGGCCUGUCUGAAUAUCCACACAUACACACACACACACACACACACACACACACACACACACACACACACACACACACACACACACACACACACACACUGAAAUAAAGCUUCGGUUCAAACACA